UGACGCAAGCUCAGACUGCAGUAGUCAAAGGAGCGCAAAGCCGGCGCAGCUGCCACUCUCUUUUUAUACCAUGAACCACCAUUGACGGCAGCAACGACUACAGAUAACUUUCAUCUUUCUGCUGUUUAAGAGAAGAACCCACUCCCUGCUUCUCCACCAUUUCUCUGCCUGUUGCUUUGAACCAACUUCAUCAUGUCUAAAGGUACAGUGGUUCUGGCCUAUAGCGGUGGACUGGACACGUCCUGCAUUCUGGUUUGGCUGAAGGAACAAGGCUACGAUGUGAUCGCAUUCUUGGCCAACAUCGGGCAAGAUGAAGACUUUGAAGCUGCUCGGAAUAAGGCAGAAAGCCUUGGUGCCAAGAAGGUUUACAUUGAAGACCUGCGAGCUGACUUUGUGGAGAACUUCAUCUGGCCUGCAGUUCAAGCAAAUGCUGUCUAUGAAGACCGAUACCUGCUGGGCACUGCUGUGGCACGGCCCUGCAUCGCUCGCCGUCAGGUCGAGAUUGCACGGAAAGAGGGGGCCAAUUUUGUCUCCCAUGGUGCUACGGGAAAGGGCAAUGACCAGAUCCGUUUUGAGCUCACGUGCUAUGCCCUCUAUCCUGAAGUGAAGAUCAUUGCACCGUGGAGGAUCCCUGAGUUUUACAACAGCUUCAAGGGAAGGUCAGACCUGAUGGAAUAUGCACAGAAACAUGGCAUCCCUGUGCCAGUCACUCCUAAGGCCCCAUGGAGCAUGGAUGCAAACCUCAUGCAUAUCAGCUACGAAUCUGGAAUUCUUGAAAACCCUAAGAGUCAAGCUCCAGCUGACCUGUACCUGAUGACCAAGAACCCACAAGAUUCUCCCAGCACUCCCGACAUUCUGGAAAUAGAGUUCAAAAACGGAGUGCCCGUAAAGGUGACAAAUGUUCAGGAUGGCCAAUCCAGGAACUCACCCCUAGAGAUCUUCUCUUACCUCAAUGAGAUUGGUGGAAAACAUGGCGUGGGUCGGAUCGACAUUGUAGAGAACCGUUUCAUUGGCAUGAAGUCCCGAGGCAUAUAUGAAACCCCAGGUGGCACGGUUCUGCUGUCAGCCCACUUAGACAUCGAGACCUUCACCAUGGACAAAGAGGUGCGUCGGAUCAAGCAGGGACUGGGUAUCAAGUUCUCCGAGCUCAUCUACAAUGGUUUCUGGUACAGUCCAGAGUGUGAGUUUGUGCGGCACUGCAUAGCCAGAUCUCAGGAGAACGUGGAGGGGAAAGUUCAGAUGUCUGUGUUCAAGGGCCAUGUCUACAUCCUGGGACGGGAGUCACCUAAGUCCCUCUACAAUGAAGAGCUGGUCAGCAUGGACGUGCAGGGAGACUACGAUCCUUGUGAUGCCUCCGGAUUCAUCAGGAUUAACGCUGUCAGGUUAAGGGAACACCAUCGUUUGCAGGGUUUCUCCAACUCUCAGCAGUGACCACAGCAGUCCUCUGAGCCAUCUUCCUUCUCUCCACCCUCCCUCAGGUGGUAGUAGAUUAAGACUUUGUGCCUCUGUUAUCUUCAUGUUGCCUUACUGUCUCCUGUUAUUUAAACAAGCACAAUGUAUCUACACUACUAGUCACACUUACUGUUCAACUGUGAUGCUUAAAGCUGAAGGCUAGGGGAAAAAAUAUCAGCAAGCUGUUAAAAGGAAAUAGUUUCAAUCAGGUUGAUUCAUACUUUAUGGAUAGGCAUAUUAAUAAAAUGUAUUUCUCAGUAUUUUAACUCAUGGAUUUUGUCUUUGUCGUAGCAUCAGUCGGCAAGAACUUGAACACAAAUAAAAAAACUGAGACUGUUACAGAAAA